UUCAAAACGGUACUUCAAAAAAUUUUCCAUGCAUCCGAUCUUUUAUAUAUUCCUCUCUUUGAACCAAGUUUCAUAACCUGAAGUAAACUAUUUACUCACCAGUACACACAUGCUGAAAAAGUGAAGGAGGAAGAAAGAGAUGAGAGAGUCGGAGAAGAAGAGCAUGUACAUAGAACAAACCCCAGAAGUACUGGAGAAUGGCCCUAACAAGAAUUUUGACUACGAUGGCCGUGUCAAACGAACUGGUAAUUUGAUGACUGCAAGUGCACAUAUCAUAACUGCGGUUAUUGGGUCGGGCGUGCUGUCACUGGCUUGGGCCAUAGCUCAGUUGGGAUGGGUGGCCGGUCCGGCAGUUCUUCUGGCGUUUUCUUUCAUAACCUACUUCACCUCCACCCUACUAGCUGACAGUUAUCGCUCUCCAGGACCCGUCAAUGGCAGCAGAAACUACACUUAUAUGGACGUCGUGAGGUCUCAUUUAGGAGGUGUGAAAGUUCAGCUCUGUGGAUUAGCCCAGUAUGGUAAUCUCAUUGGGGUUACAAUUGGAUACACAAUCACUGCGUCCAUUAGUAUGGUGGCGGUCGAGAGGUCAAAUUGCUUCCACAGACACGGUCAUCAUGUCAAGUGUUCGAUAUCCAACUAUCCAUAUAUGAUAAUAUUUGCAGUAAUUCAGAUAAUUCUUAGUCAAAUACCAAACUUCCAUGAGCUGUCAUGGCUAUCUAUUGUAGCCGCAGUUAUGUCUUUUGCCUAUUCUUCUAUCGGCCUCGGUCUCUCCAUAGCUAAGGUUGCAGGUGGUGGGCAUGCUCGGACAAGCCUAACGGGGGUAACAGUCGGGGUCGACGUGUCCGGUACGGAGAAGGUCUGGAGAAGUUUCCAAGCCAUUGGAGAUAUAGCCUUUGCAUAUGCCUAUUCCACAGUGCUUAUUGAGAUCCAGGACACGUUGAAGUCGCCGCCCCCAGAGAACAAGGUAAUGAAAAGGGCCUCUUUGAUAGGAGUGUCGACCACGACCAUAUUCUACGUCCUUUGUGGUUGCAUAGGUUAUGCAGCAUUUGGGAAUAAAGCUCCGGGAAAUUUCCUCACUGGGUUCGGAUUUUAUGAACCCUUCUGGUUGAUUGACUUUGCCAAUGUCUGCAUUGCUAUCCACUUAAUUGGUGCUUACCAGGUCUUUGCCCAGCCAAUAUUUAGUUACGUAGAGAAACGUUGCAACAAGAAAUGGCCGGAAAACAAAUUCAUCUCGACUGAACAUGCCAUCAAUAUUCCAGUAUGCGGUACUUGGUACAUUAACUUGUUUAGACUGGUAUGGAGAACAACCUACGUCGUAGUAACAGCCGUGAUGGCCAUGAUAUUUCCGUUCUUCAACGAUUUCUUGGGUCUCAUUGGGGCAGCCUCAUUUUACCCAUUAACAGUGUAUUUUCCCAUUGAGAUGCACAUUGCACAGGCCAAAAUACCCAAGUAUUCCUUUACAUGGAUAUGGCUUAAAAUACUGAGCUGGGCUUGUCUUAUUGUGUCACUCGUUGCUGCUGCCGGAUCCAUACAAGGGCUUGCCCAGGAUGUCAAGACGUAUAAGCCCUUCAAAACUCAAUAAGUUUUAGUUACUACUUAAUAUAUAACAUUUUCAAUAAGAUUUUAUAUAAAUUGUCCACAUCAAAGAUGGACUUAUAGACCUACGUUGUUGCUCAUGCAAAUCUGUUUUACAGGGUUUGAUGAUUAGAAAUUGAAAGAUUUAUUACAACUCUACUUUUAGCAUAUUA